AGUGGAAGUGGAGCGCGAGAGGCCAGUGGUUGGCGGACCCCCAGCCUCCGUAGGAGAGACCAUGGACUCCGUAGUUGAGCCUCGGUGGCCUCCAGGCCUGGCAGUCAUGAAAACAAUAGAUGAUUUGCUGCGGUGUGGAAUUUGCUUUGAAUAUUUCAACAUUGCGAUGAUGAUUCCUCAGUGUUCACAUAACUACUGUUCUCUCUGUAUAAGAAAAUUUCUGUCCUAUAAAACACAGUGUCCAACUUGUUGUGUGACAGUCACAGAGCCGGACCUGAAAAAUAACCGUGUAUUAGAUGAACUGGUAAAAAGCUUGAAUUUUGCACGGAAUCAUCUGUUGCGGUUUGCCUUAGAGUCACCACCCAUAUCUCCUGCUUCCUCCUCUUCAAAGAACCUUGCUGCCAAAGUAGACACUCCUGUAGCCUUCAGACAUUCUUUAAAGCAAGGAAGCAAGUUAACAGAGAAUUUCUUGACCAGAGAAGCUAGUGGUUCUGCAUCAGAGUUGUUGAUAAAAGAGAGUGAAAAAAAAUUUAGCCCUCGAAAAGAGGUGGGCACUUCUGCAAAGACCAGAGAGACGCCUUCUAUAGAGAAGAGAGCUCUAGGCUCCUUGGAUGCUCAUGUUCCUGCGACACCCUCUACAUCGACUUUCAAACAAGUUACUAAAGUGGAUUGUCCUGUUUGUGGCGUUAGUAUUCCAGAAAAUCACAUCAAUACGCACUUAGACAGCUGUUUAUCACGUGAAGAGAAAAAGGAAAGCCUCAGAAGUUCUAUUCACAAAAGGAAGCCAUUGCCCAAAACUGUAUAUAACUUGCUCUCAGAUCGUGAUUUAAAGAAAAAGCUAAAACAGCAUGGAUUAUCUAUUCAAGGAAAUAAACAACAACUCAUUAAAAGACACCAAGAAUUUGUACACAUGUACAAUGCCCAGUGUGAUGCUUUGCAUCCUAAAUCAGCUGCUGAAAUAGUUCAAGAAAUUGAAAAUAUGGAGAAGACUAGGAUGCAUCUUGAAGCUAGUAAACUCAACGAAAGCAUAAUGAUUUUUACGAAGGGCCAAACAGAAAAGGAAAUCGAUGAAAUUCACAGUAAAUAUCGUAAAAAGCAUCAGAAUGAAUUUCAGCUUCUGGUGGAUCAGGCCAAAAAAGGAUACAAGAAAACUAUUGGAAUGUCAAAAAAAGAAGUAACGAAAAAAGAUGAAUCUGCAGAAAAGCUGUUAUCUGUAUGCACAGGACAGGAAGAUGAUAAAAUGGAAUUCUCAGAUAUACCCUUGGUAACAAACCACUUCCCUCAGUCAAAGCCGGACUCCCCGGGGAAAUCAGAGCCUGACAGAACAGAUGAUUCUUCUAGUUGUACUGACAUUCAAAUAGAAUCUUUUUCUUCACCAGAAUCGGAUUCAUGGAAUAGUUCCAGUUCAGACAUCAUAAGAGAUCUUCUAGAAGAAGAGGAAGCCUGGGAAGCAUCACAUAAAAAUGAUCUUCAAGACACAGAGAUAAGUCCAAGACUGAAUCGUCGCACAAGAUCAGCUGAAAGUGCUGAGAUAGAGCCGAGAAAUAAGCGGAAUAGGAAUUAGCGUGGGCUUUUGCUGACUUGCCCAGUGCAGUGAUCAGAAUAUGGUCCUUUUUGUUGCCAAGUAGAUUUCCUAUUCAUA